AUGAGGGGUAAACACAAGACAUGGAAAUCAAGAGAUGAGAUCAAUAUUGAUUGGUCUAGAAGUAGUAGAUCUUCAUCUUCAUCUACUGACUCCAAUAAUAAUAAUAAAUCAUCAAAAUCAUUAAAUAAUAUAUAUCAAAAUAAUUCACCAAUACCAAUCCAUCAUCAACAAGGUGGAGGUUCAAACCACUAUAAUAAUAAUAAUCAUAAUAAUAAUUCUAUACCACAAUAUAGUAAAGAUACAUUUAAAAGUAGACAAAGUACAAGUUGUGGAAAUCUAUCAAGUUUUGGUGGUGGUGGUAAAUCAUCUGGACCACGAAGAGUACAAACCUUUGGAAGAUCAAACUCAUCUCCUUCUACCACCUAUGAUUUCAAUACUGUCAGUCGUGACUAUUUCCCAAAAGAUACCAUCUCAUCGACCACUGGAAACCAACUUCGAAAAGGAUCACUUGGUCGUCUAGAACAUGCCCUCAAACACAACGAUGAUGAUGACGAUGACGAUGACUCUAUCCAUACAUUUGGAAUGGGAAGUGUUUUAGUAGGUUGUUUUGAUACCUAUGAUCAAAAGAGGCAUUUAAAUUAA